UAUUUUAGAUGUUUUAUAAUAAAUCAAUGAAUUCUAAUAACAGUUGGGAUUAUUAAUGUUAUAAGAAAUUGCAUUUUACUUUUCACAAUCAAAAUUGUUUAUAAUAAUAAAAAUAGCAUUUUAAUGUGUUACAUUCAUAAAAAAAAUAAAAAAACGAAUCCCCGAUCUUUUGAUAGCGAUUUGGUGGUCCCCGGAACGGAACAUUUUGGGAACCUCUGGUGUAGCCUAGAUUUACAGCCAUACGCGCAAGAGGAGUAUACGUGAACCAUAUGCCAGGGGAGCAGACCUUUCUCUCGGCAGUAAUUCGGUUAUUUUUGCGUCUGUUGUGUUAUUACUAAAGUAGGUUACCUACAUUUAAGUUAAUUGUACUGUAGAAAGAAGAAUGGGCUGCGCAAUAUCAGGACUGGCACCGAAAACACUUGGAGAGACAACGGAAGAAGAUGUUGCGCAUCUCAACGAGAAGCAAAUCCAGAUGAUCAAAGAGUCCUGGAAAGUUAUCCAGGAGGACAUUGCGAAAGUUGGAAUUAUUAUGUUCGUCAGGUUAUUUGAGACCCAUCCAGAAUGCAAGGAUGUAUUCUUCCUGUUCCGAGACGUGGAGGACCUUGAGAUGUUACGAACCAGCCGGGAGCUCAGGUCACAUGGCCUACGAGUAAUGUCCUUCAUUGAGAAAAGUGUGGCCAGACUGGACCAGCUGGAGAGACUCGAUUUUCUGGCUGUGGAGCUAGGGAGGAGCCAUUACCAUUACAACGCCCCACCCAAAUACUACAGCUAUGUAGGAGCAGAAUUCAUCUGUGCUGUCCAACCCAUUCUCAAAGAGAGAUGGACCCCUGAGCUUGAGGAGGCAUGGAAGACCCUGUUCCUGUACCUGAGCAGGCUUAUGCAGCAGGGCUACCAGGAUGAGACAAGCAGACAUCACCAUGAGGCAGCAUCCCGCAAGGAAAGGCCAGAGAAGAGGAACACACCCAGAUGAGAGGCCUGGCUAUGGCUGGCCUCCACCCAGAGACUGUUGAGCAUAGCACAAAAAUGUGGCACGUGGCUUUUAGCUGUGUAUAUAGUGUAUUUAUCGCUUACAGUAUUCAUUUUCUACAUACAGUUGAAGUUGGAAGUUUAUAUACACUUAGGUUGGAGUAGUUUUUCAACCACUCCACAAAUUCCUUG